UAUCUCUCCCUUCUUCACCCUAUCUCGCCGACCACAUAUCUCUCUCCCAAAAUAUUGUGAGGAUGGCCAACAUCCUCUUCGACCAACAGAACCCCUACGGUCAACAACAGCCCUACUAUCCUUCCUCCUCCUCCGUCCCAAACGCCCCCAACCUCCAGUUUUACUCCUCCGACUCGGCAGGAUACAAUGCCUAUAACCACAGGCCAAGUUUGGAGGGGAAUGUUGGCUCUGGUGCAGGGGUGGGUGGGAUAGGAGGACAGACGUAUGGCAGGAUAGAGGGGCCGUGGUGGUAUGCUUUCGGUACGGGAGGGCUCGAGGGAGAACCGCCCUUACUCGAGGAACUUGGCAUCAACUUCUCCCAUAUACGGGAUAAGUCACUGACUGUGCUUAACCCCCUACAAAGGGUCGAUGCGCGCAUAAUGGAUGACGCCGACCUUGCAGGCCCGCUGCUGUUUUGUUUCUGUUUCGCCAUGUUUCUCUUAAUUAGCGGUAAACCACAAUUCGGUUAUAUUUACGGUGUCGCCCUCCUUGGAUCGACCAGCAUGUACGCCCUCCUCAACCUCAUGAGCGAAACGGGCAUCGAUGCGUACCGCACGGCUUCUGUGCUGGGGUACUGUCUGCUACCGAUGGUGGCGAUGGGGGCACUCAGCGUGGGGGUCAAACUAGACGGGAUGAUAGGCUACAUUCUCUCCCUCCUCUCCGUCGCCUGGUGCACACAUUCCGCAUCCGCAAUUUUCUGCGCAGUGCUGACGAUGCAUGACCAACGAUUCCUCGUCGCCUAUCCCGUAGCGCUGCUCUAUGGUUGUUUUGGCCUGUUGACAGUGUUUAAUGUUGGGGGAGUGACGAAGAGCUAGCUGGUGGAGGAAAGAGGACGGAGCGGCAACUGAUCGGACGGACGAUGGUCCCCUGUAUGCCAUCCCCCAAAGUACAGGUGUCUGUCAGAUUUGACGGUCUAAUGGAAUGCAUCCUACCAUAUAAGGAUAUGCUGCCUUAAUUUGGAAUCGGAUCCCUCUGACCGGUCAUGAUAAGACGAUUGCACCCAUAAUUAAUACAGACGUUGCGGC